AUGGCCAAUAUGGGAUUCCGACAAGAUGCCCAUGUGGUGGAUAUAUCAAGCACGAUGUAUCUCCUUCUCCAAAAUUUAAACACGAUUUCGAUACUCAACCAGGCAGAUGAUGGACUCCACUUGCGUGAGCCAUGGGUUUUCAGAGUCGAACAAGAGAUUGAGAAGCUAGUUACGAAAGUUGAAGAGCAGAGCAAGACGAUUAAAGAAAUGCGAAAACAGAUUCAGAUCCAAGCCGAAGAGAUAGCCAAGCUCAAUGUUGUACAACAAUUUCCUUAG